CCUAUGGCUCUCCCCACUGCUCAUCCCUCCCUUUCCCUUUCCCUUCCCGUUUUCCCGCUCCAGAAGAAGGAUCCAGCCCAAUUCCUGCAGGUCCACGGCCGGGCCUGCAAAAUCCACCUGGAUUCAGCCGUGGCCUUGGCUGCCGAGAGCCCGGUGAACAUGAUGCCCUGGCAAGGGGACACCAACAACAUGAUCGACCGCUUCGACGUGCGGGCGCACCUGGAUCACAUCCCCAGCUACAGCCCGGCCCUGCUGAGCCCCAUUUCCCCGGAGCAGGAAUCGGACGAGCGCAAAUGCAACUACGAGCGCUACCGCGGCCUGGUCCAGAACGACUUCGCCGGCAUCUCGGAGGAGCAGUGCCUGUACCAGAUCUACAUGGAUGAGCUCUACGGGGGCCUGCCCAAGCCCAACGAGGAGGAGAAGAAGAAGCUGGCGGAGAAGAAGGCUUCCAUUGGCUACACCUAUGAGGACAGCACCGUGGCCGAGCUGGAAAACAGCGCGGAGAAGGGCCGGGAAGAGGAGGAUUCCGAGGAGGAAAACAGCAACACGGAUGAGGAUGAAGUCAUUCCUGACAUUGAUGUGGAAGUGGACGUGGAUGAGCUCAACCAGGAGCAAGUGGCCGACCUCAACAAGCAGGCGACCACCUAUGGCAUGGCCGAGGGGGACUUUGUCCGGAUGCUGCGCAAGGACAAGGAGGAGGCUGAGGCCAUCAAGAAUGCCAAGGCUCUGGAAGAGGAGAAGGCCAUGUACUCGGGCCGACGUUCCCGGCGCCAGAGGAGGGAAUUCCGGGAGAAGCGCUUGAAAGGCCGGAAGAUCAGCCCCCCCAGGUGGGUCCUGAGCGGGGAGCCCGCGUCCCAGCCCAUUCCCAGCUCCUGGA